AUGGAGGAUCCUCAGUUGAGCUGGCAUGAUUCUGGCGAUGUCCUACAGGGUAUUAUGGUCGGCCAUGAUGGAACACACGAUCUGUGUGACUUGAAGCCCUCGAUGCCCUUUACAGACCCUGCGAACCCUCUAUUAGAUCUCCAGCUGGGCGCCGACCUCUCAUCUUUUGAUACCCCCAACCAACCUCCCUUCCUGAACUCGUGGUCUUCUUCCACAGACCCGCACCCUCUCUACUAUUUGCCUUGCCACUCCACCCGACUGGCGGGCAACCAAGACGCCUGGAAUCCGCUGCAGGUGACCGGUGUCCCUGAUCAGUCGUCGCUGUCGCAUAUGCAAGUGCCCGCCGCGACCGGAGACUCGGAUUUCCACUUCUCCAAAUACUACUGCAGUGAUCCGUCUGAGAAUGGAAGCCAGUAUAUGGGCAGCCUUCAUUCCACCGACUCCGGGUACGGCACCGCCAGCUGUGCCACCCAGUCUGUGGUCACCUCGUCGCAGGGUCUGGACUCGACGUCGAGUCCGUUGAUCGCUGCAAAAGAUCACUCGUCUGGGGAACUAUCAACCUGUUUUGAACAGACAUCAUAUGGGCCGACAUUUGCUUCGGAGCUCGUCGAGUCGCCUUCGCAGCUAUUCGAUGGUUCGGUUCGAUGCGAACAUCCCUCCUGCUCGUGGGUUGGGAAAUGCCCCUCGGACAAAAGAAAACACGAGGCCCGUCACAGGAAGCUUUUCAAAUGCGACGAGCCCGGCUGUCCCCGCAAAGAAGGCUUUGGGACCAUCAAUGACCUGGCCCGUCAUAAGAAAUGUGUUCAUAAUCAGGAGCCCGAGCGCGGGCCCAAGAUGAUGUAUAUGUGCUAUGGGAAAAACUGUCCCCGACCCAACAAGAAAUGGCCGCGGCUUGAUAACUUUAAGCAACACCUCGGCCGGAUGCACGGUGAAGAAGACGCGGAUAUGCUACUAAAAAGAUCUAUGGACUGGCAUGCGCAAUUCACGCGCUCCUACAAGUUUGAUAAGAGCGAUCCACAAGAUGAGCCGAUGUUCGACAUGCAACCGGAUCUGAUGUCUAUGCACGGUAAUACCGACGCCGAACACAUCACUAGCGAUUCUAUGCACCACGACGGCAUGGACUUCCUCUCGUCUAGGGCUGCGACACCCAAACCGGCCGAUAAUAACACCCAACCCCAAAUUCCACUCACACACUCCGAAACAUCUCAAUUACAAGCUCUGGGAACUUUGGGCCUGACCCCAUCCUUUCAUAGUGAGAGCCGGAACCCUGUCCCAGAGCAAGGAGCCAAGAAAUCGCCCUCAUCCGUCACGGAUGCAGCCGACAAUUUGAUCAAUGCCAUGACCAAAAUGAUGAACAGCCGCGGGCGGCGCGGCAGCCAGUACAUAGAUGAAGGGAUUGACGUCGAACCUGAGAACGUCCAACUAUCUCAGCUCCAGCGCCAGAUGCUUCAAAGGGUCUUCUCAGUGGCCCUGGACCGACUUUCGGAGGGAGCUCCCGCAGACGAGGAUGCGGGCAGUGAAAAACAGGGCUGGUUCCAAUGCGAGUCGUGUCCGAAACUUACCCGGCUUCGCUGCGAGAUGAAAAAGCACCAGAAACGCCAUGAGCGGCCCUACGGCUGCACAUUCCCGCACUGCUCCAAGUCCUUCGGGAGCAAGGCCGACUGGAAACGCCACGAGAGCUCCCAGCACCUCCACAUCCCGAGCUGGUUCUGCACUUUCCAUGAUGUCCGAACCGACACGUCCUGCGAACGUCUGUUCCAUUGCCAGCAAACUUUUACUCAGCACUUGAACCAGCAACAUCAAGUCCCUGAACCCCAGGUCGGGGUUGCGGUCUGCACGAGUCGUCUUGAUGUGGGUGAGCAGUCACAUUUCUGGUGCGGAUUUUGUCGCCAGACUGUCGCAUUGCGCACCCUUGGUCCUGCUGCCUUGGAUGAACGGUUUAAUCAUAUUGAUAUCGAACACUUCAAGAAGGGCGAGCGGAGACGGGACUGGUCCUUUCCGUCUGUCACGAUGCUCGAGGGAGAGUUAGGCUUUGGGUUGAAUGCGGCGCCUGAUUCUAUGGACUUGAUUGAGAGUCGAGGGGUCGAGGGCUCCGCCUGGAAGAAGCCGCGUCUCCAGCCGCCGCAGGGAAGUCGGCGGAAACGCAAGUUGGCGGAUGUGUGA